ACAAGGAGCUCGUUCCUCCAGAAUAUGAUGACGAGUCACCUUGUAAAAUCUGAUACUAGAAAUUGCAAGAGGCCAAGAGAAUUGGAGCCUCAAAUGGCAGAUAGUCCACAGCUGUCCUCUACUGGAAAAUCAGAUUCAUCUUUCUCUCAAAGUUCUGGACUAUUUUAUAAAGAUGAAUCCCUGGAGAAAGAUUUGAAUGAUAUGAGCAAAGAAAUUAAUCUAAUGUUGUCUACAUAUGCAAAGAUAUUAAGUGAGAGAGCAGCAGUAGAUGCAUCUUAUGUUGACGAGAUAGAUGUACUCUUCAAAGAAGCCAACACUAUUGAAAACUUUCUCAUACAAAAAAGAGAACUCCUGAGACAGAGGUUUACAGUGAUUGCAAACACACUGCACAGAUAA